AUGAGGAGGACGCGGCGGCCCCGGUUUGUUCUCAUGAACAAGAUGGAUGACCUCAACCUGCACUACCGGUUUCUGAAUUGGCGCCGGCGGAUCCGGGAGAUUCGAGAGGUCCGGGCUUUCCGAUAUCAGGAAAGGUUCAAGCAUAUUCUUGUAGAUGGAGACACUUUGAGUUACCAUGGAAACUCUGGUGAAGUUGGCUGCUAUGUGGCUUCUCGACCCCUGACAAAGGACAGCAAUUAUUUUGAGGUGUCGAUUGUGGACAGUGGGGUCCGGGGCACCAUUGCUGUGGGACUGGUUCCUCAGUACUACAGCUUGGAUCACCAGCCUGGCUGGUUGCCUGACUCUGUGGCCUACCAUGCUGAUGAUGGCAAGCUUUACAAUGGCCGAGCCAAGGGUCGCCAGUUUGGGUCAAAGUGCAACUCUGGGGACCGGAUUGGUUGUGGCAUUGAGCCAGUGUCCUUUGAUGUGCAGACUGCCCAGAUCUUCUUCACUAAAAAUGGGAAGCGGGUGGGCUCCACUAUCAUGCCCAUGUCCCCGGACGGGCUGUUUCCGGCAGUGGGCAUGCACUCACUGGGUGAGGAGGUGCGGCUGCAUCUCAACGCUGAGCUGGGCCGUGAGGAUGACAGCGUCAUGAUGGUGGACAGCUACGAGGAUGAGUGGGGCCGGCUACAUGACGUCCGAGUCUGUGGAACCCUGCUGGAGUACUUGGGCAAGGGCAAGAGCAUCGUGGACGUGGGGCUGGCCCAGGCCCGGCGCCCACUCAGCACGCGUAGCCACUACUUUGAGGUGGAGAUCGUGGACCCUGGAGAGAAAUGCUACAUCGCCUUGGGGCUGGCCCGGAAGGAUUAUCCCAAGAACAGGCACCCUGGCUGGAGCAGAGGGUCUGUGGCUUAUCAUGCAGACGACGGGAAGAUCUUUCAUGGCAGCGGCGUGGGGGACCCCUUCGGGCCACGCUGUUACAAAGGGGACAUAAUGGGCUGUGGAAUCAUGUUCCCCCGGGACUACAUUCUGGACAGUGAGGGUGACAGCGAUGACAGCUGUGACACAGUGAUCCUGUCCCCGACUGCCCGAGCUGUGCGGAAUGUCCGGAAUGUCAUGUAUCUGCACCAGGAAGGGGAGGAGGAAGAGGAAGAGGAGGAAGAGGAGGAUGACGGGGAGGAGAUAGAGCAAGAGCACGAGGGCAAGAAGGUGGUGGUUUUCUUCACUCGGAAUGGCAAGAUCAUUGGGAAGAAGGAUGCUGUUGUACCUUCUGGGGGCUUCUUCCCCACCAUCGGGAUGCUGAGCUGUGGGGAAAAAGUCAAAGUGGAUCUGCACCCCCUGAGUGGCUAG